AGAUUGUGAUGUGAUUGUACUUAGCGAAGCUUUAAGCAUUGUGUUCGAAUCAUUAUGCGGAGUUUUGCUAUGUUUUCUGUAUAUUAGUGGAAAAUGGUUAGAAAAGGAGAAAAACAGAAUGAUAGUGCAAUUGCAGUGUUCAAUUGAUGACAUCCAUUAUUUCCCCUCAAGUCCAUACGAAUAAGGUUUUUGACUACCUUGUGUUAAAUUCCUCGACUUGGUUAGUAGAUUUGACUGUUCUUGUAAUUGAUGACGGAUUGUCAGUGCACCUGUACCGAUGCUUUCCCGUGCAAGAAAAGGAACCGACCCAUAUGGGACUCAUUGCACCUACUCUCCAAGGGAGCACAUGCUCCUGGUGUAAUGAACAGUUUCACUUGUUCGAUUAUGAGGUCUAAAUGGGAAUCUUUCAUUGCUUGGAUCCUAUUUAAUUUUUCUGCUCCUAUGAGAAGGACAGACUUCUUCCCCAUUUCCCAUGGUUAUUUUUCAUCAGUUUCUACAAGAACCAAUCAUGGUUAAGUGUAUAACUUGAUAACUUAAAACACAUGGUGAUACAGGCUAAUGUUUAUGGUGUGUGAACCCCUUCAACUAACUUUUAGUUGCAGAUUGAAACCUCACAAGACACUACAUUGGCAGGGGUUGAUCAGUUCUGCACUCCUACACUACACUCCUGCAGAAUCAUUUUUCAAAUGCUCUCAUUCUUUUAGUCAGAACAAGAGGGGGGGACACUUAACAAUUAUAAACAGUUCUCUUAUUUGUUAUUUUUAACACAUAUUUGUAAUUAAAUGACAGGAUGAUCAUAGGCAUUAAAUCUUCUAUGUGCAUUCCUUUUAAGUACAGAAGCUUUGCGGACAACGAGGAUGGCAAAUCUGAGAAAGUUGUUGAGGUUUUAAUGAUAAACGCAAACAGUGGACCUGGUCUUCUCUUCCCGAAGGGUGGCUGGGAAAAUGAUGAAACUGUUGAAGAGGCAGCAGCACGGGAAGCUCUAGAAGAAGCUGGAGUUCAAGGUGAUUUGCUGCAUUUUCUGGGACAAUACGAAUUCAAAAGCAAAACCCUCCAAGACAAGUUUAGUCCAGAAGGUUUGUGUAAAGCUUCCAUGUUUGCUUUGCUUGUGAAAGAGGAGCUCCAAUGUUGGCCAGAACAGAACACUCGACAGAGAAGUUGGCUUACCAUUCCUGAAGCUGGAGAGUGCUGUCGGUAUAAAUGGAUGAAAGAUGCCCUCGAGGAAGGUUUUACAAAAUGGCUUGAUGAUCAAAUGAUUAGCAGAUCAAAGAAAGCCAAUGAUGUAAAUUCGUCUGCUUCAUCUCCGGAAGAGCAUUGAAUAGGACCAAAAAAAUGAAGAUAAAGAGCAUUUGAGUAGUUCAUUCAUGUAGAAGAAGCACCAGUCCGAAGGUGAUUUUGGUGCUCUCUCUCUCUCUCUCUCUCUCUCUAGGGUUUGGUAUAGGACACUACAAAUGCUUGUGCUUUCGGCAUGCAGAGAGAUGUUUACUGGAAAUCUAUGUUGGGUCCUUCUGUUCAUUUCCUUGAUGCUGCUCAUUUCUUCAUUCUACAUUGGUUAAUGUGUUUCACAUAAAAAGGUCGCUUUCCAUGAACUAGAGAAGCUAAGAUGUGGGUUAGUUAUUUUUCGAUUCAUGCUUCAGAGAAUGAAACUGCCUUGCGGCCAGGCCACACAUGGCUGCAUUCCUUGAUCAUUGUCUCUCGGAGGAGGAGCAUUGCAUGUUAUAGCACCAUCAGUACUCUAUUAUUGUUAUUACUGUAAUAUUAUUACUAUUUCAUCA